UAGUGUCUUCCCUGGCGUGGAAUCAUGACCGCACAUGCGUCCCACGGCUAAAGAGCUCGUUCAGCGUUUUCCUUUGACGUUUAGAAAUAGUUUUGAAACGCUUCGCCAGCAUUAAAAAAACCGUCUCUCUGUUCCGGCAUACUUGUGUCGUUCGUCGUUCUGGUUCACUUAAAAGGAUCAAUUAGAAUGCAACCCUUAACUCAAAAUCGCUUGCUGUUCGUCGUUGUAUUCGUUUUUGGAGCUUUUGCGGAAUGUUAUGCUGCAUCGGCUCAUAUUCACACUCAUCAUUAUACCAAAGGAGAAGGAAAUGAAAGAACCGUCGACGGUGCCUUCAGUCCUCGCGAUAGCGAUCAUUAUAUAGAUGGAGAACAUCGUCAGGAAUUUGAUCACGAAGCUAUUCUUGGAAGUGUCAAAGAAGCAGAAGAAUUUGACAAACUUCCUAUUGAGGAAUCUAAACGACGACUUCAAAUACUUUUAACUAAAAUGGAUUUAAACAAUGACAAAUUUAUUGAAAGAAAUGAACUAAAAGCUUGGAUUUUACGUUCGUUUAGUAUGUUGUCUACUGAAGAAUCUCAAGAUCGAUUAGAUGAUGCAGAUUCUGACGAAGAUGGAAGAGUAACCUGGGAUGAAAUUCUUCAAGAUACUUAUGGAUCCGAUCCUGAAGACAUAGCAUUAGAUGACAAACUCAUACAGGAUGACAAGGAAACGUUUGAAGCUGCUGAUCUUGACAAGGAUGGAUAUUUGGAUUCUGAAGAGUUCAAGGCUUACACACAUCCUGAGGAAACACCUAGAAUGUUUCCCCUAUUACUCAAACAAGCUUUAGAAGAUAAGGAUACCGACAAGGACGGUUCUGUGAGCUUCCAAGAAUUUUUAGGCGACAGGGCUAGAGGCGAGGAUAAAGAAUGGCUUCUAAUUGAAAAAGAUAAGUUUGAUCAUGAACAUGACAAAAAUGGAGAUGGUAGACUGGAUGCAGAUGAAAUCCUCAGUUGGCUUGUACCGAGCAACGAGGAUAUAGCAUCUGACGAAGUGGAUCAUCUAUUUGCUGCAUCGGAUGAUGAUCAUGACAACAGACUAUCCUUUGAAGAAAUUUUAGAACAUCAUGAUGCUUUUGUUGGCAGUGAAGCUACUGACUAUGGUGAUCAUUUACAAGACAUUGAACGCUUUACUGACGAACUUUGAGAUUAAACUGAGAAAUCUGUCAUUUCGACAUGUUUGAUAUACUAAAGGUUUCGCUGAAGCACAAACAUUUGAAGGCAUUUAUGAUGUUUUUUCACUGCUCUUAUUUCUCCCUAUUACGGUGUUCUAUUCCUUGGCGCAUGUUUUAAUUAUAAUUAUUGAACGAUUAGAUGUUCCAAUGACGCUAUAAAUCGUACAAAGACACUGCCAUUACUUUUCAUUCGCUCUUUGUCAAGUCAAAAAACGUCACAUUCAUCAUCGUCUUCCAACUCGAACAAAUACUUCGUGCCAUCAAUAACUUUAGUCGAUAGUACAUUUUACGUAUGAAAAAUUGUCUUAAGAUUCUUAAGUUAUUGCAAACUCUUACUCAGUUUUGUUUUUAUGUUAAGAUAUUUUACUACUUAUCAAUCAUUUACAUAAUUAUUUAUGUGUUACGUCCACUGAUUGCAAUUUAAUCAUGCACAUCCUUCAUUAUUGUACCGUUACUAGAGUUAUUUGUUUCGUUACAAGAAUCGAAUAACUUUUAUUGUCAACGUAACGAAAAUGCCUAUCGCAGUAAAUAUUGCGUGUGUUUUAAGAAUACAAGUAAUUAUUCGUUGAUGUACAUCACUUUUCCAAUAAAAUAAUUCAGAUCAUAA